UAUCGCCCCAACCGCCUGCCGCCUGAGCGAAUUGCGAUCGUUUUCGAACCGUUUUCGAAUCGUUUUCGAGUUGACAAAAAUUUUUGUUGUUGUUUGUCUGUGUCGUUGUCGAGUGUCUGUCACAAGCAAGUUUCAAACAUGUCUUUCCUGGGCAACACAUCCGAUCUGGAGUGCGAAAAGAACGAGUUCCCGCGCCAGCGGCCCACGGGCAUCGUCACCAAGGUGGCGGCCCACAAGCUGUCCGCGGAGCCCAAGUGGACCGACAAGCGGGAGGAUGACUCCGACUCGGAGGUCUCGUCGCCGGAUAACUUCCUGACCAAAGGCGCCUUCCUGCUGACCCCCUCCUACGAGUUGUCCAUGGAGCGGGCCGCACUCAUCUGCGAGAAGAUGGCCUUCAAGGGAUGCUUCAGCUUGACCAAAACCGCUACAGGCAUUCUGUUUAAAUUCUCACACCCAGAUGACUAUCAGGCGGUGUUCAAGAAGGGCUUCCACAAGGUCACCGGGGCGCGAUUCUACCGCAAGGUGAGCCCACCCACCCACACCCACAUCUCCAGUGAUUGGAAGGGCAUUAUGGGGCACAAGAUAGCCAUUCCGUGUCGGCCGCGGAAGACCUUCACCCUGUACGUGCUGGAUGUGCCGGAGGAUCUGCCCGUGGAGGACAUCCGGCAUGCCAUGUACAAGUUCGACUCGGUGGUGGAGGUGGUGCGUCUGCAUAUCUACUCGAGCCUCGCCAGCAAUGCCACCAAUGCCUCCUCCUCCGCGGUCGCAACCGGCGGCUCCUCCUCCUCCACCGGCGGAGGCCUCGACAAGGGCGUCGAAGGUGAGCAGAUCACGCUGCUGCACACGCCCACCCAGACCUUGCGCCGAGCGGCACUACGAAGCACCUCCAAGAGCGUGGGUUCCGUGGUGGGCGAUGCUAUCGAGAAGGCCGAGCGUCCGGAGCGCAGGGAACUGCCGCCUGCCGUCAUCCGGAUCACACUGGCCUCCAUGGACGAGUACAACAUCUUGUUGCAGAACGGACUCAACUUCUACGACGCCACGUUCUUUCCCACUGAGGCCAACAUCUCGCUGAAGGGGGCCAAGAUUGACUACAAGCGCAGAAUGCUCGAUGGCUCGAUUCCCGGACGGGUGAGGGAACUGCUGCCCGUUUUCGAUGCGGCUGGCUUCUGCAAGCUGCCACCGCCGACCAGCAAGCUAAUUAAGCCGCCGAGGUCGUAGAUCCAAUGCGAUGUCAUAUGAUAUGAUACGAUACAGCCAACCCAGCCAGAUCUACACAUCCAAAUAGACGGCAUAUGGUACACGGCACACGGCACACGGCACACAGGCCCCCAUUGACGACAACACACCAUCCGGAUUCGGUUCGGAUUCUACCCAUUUUAUCUUACCCUACUUCUCUGUAUACUAUACACAUAAUGCUGUUUUUCAACGGAUGCCAACGUUUCCGCUCGAUCCGCCAAUCCGAUCCAUAAUAAUUCCUCUUUUGGCUACCAUCUAUGUUUUUGUUGCCUUUCUAUCUCUAUCUACAUAUAUAUAUAUAUUUAUAUCUAUUUGUCUCCUCUGUGAACUCUUCAACCUAUUUCUUUUUUUUUUUUUUUGCUAGUUUUAUUAUUAAAGGCCCAUUUAAGGCGUAGCGUCUAAUUUGUUUGAUUGUCUAACAAUGAAAAAAAAAAAUAUAAGCAAAACAAAAAACAGAAAAGAAAUAAUAAAAACGAAAUAAGAAAAACA